GUAACCCAUCCAACCAGUGCCGUUUGUGUUCAGAAAUAUGUUCUCAAAUUUGGAACUUCCAUCGGUUUAAAAAAGCAAACUUGAAAGGCCCAUCAUGGAGCAAUACGGAUUUCACAAAAUGGUGCACUGAAUCUUGGGAAGUGGCAAAGUGUUACAUGCCCCCCACUGGUUACAGGGAUAAGCCAAAUGCCGACAUUACAGACUUCAAUGGAAUUAUUAAUGCAAUAUACAAUUGUACCUGGAUGCAGUGCUAUUUUAGUGAUGAUCUUAGUAAGGAUUCGAACAUCUGCACAAAGGCACGAGACAAAGUUAAUGGAUUGCGACACAUACAUGACACGAAAAUAGAUGAUGGGGAUAUGAUCAGCUUCUUCGAUUGUCUUUUAAAUCUUCUUAAUGAUCCUGCAUACUUAAAUAGUUUUAGACCAGCACUAGAUGCGUGCAAAUACCUUACACAGCUACAAAAAGAUACUCUGCAAUUGUCCGAAAAGGCUAUACACAACACGUUGGAAAACAUCUAUGUUGACCGAAAGGAAGAGUUUCGCGGACGGUUAAUACAAUUUUAUAUGACGACGAAAAAUACUGUAUCUGUUUCACCAUUAAGAGAAGGUCGUGACAAACCCAUCUGGGAUGUAUUUGUACAACCGAAAUUAACCCACAUUACAAUGGAGAAAGAUGGAUCUCGCACGAAAACGGAAAACGUGGUUCAUCAAUACAAAGCCUUAUUUUAUAAAGACGAAAAACUCAAUAACCGUGUAUUUGUUCAAGGAGAACCCGGUAUUGGGAAGACUACAUUUCUUACUAAACUGGCGCUUGACUGGUGUGAUGUUGCAAUUUCGCAAAAUCAGGAACACAAGGCUACAUUUAGUGAUGUCGAUACGUUGAAGGAGUUCAAUUUUCUCUUUUACAUAUCACUAAGAGAUGCAAUGGACCAGCGUGAGGUUAUAGAGAUGAUCAAAACACAAAUAAUCGACAGAAUGUAUGAUGGUGAUAAACGCGAAGAGACCCUAAAUCUGUUACCACAAAUCCUAGAACGAGAGACAUGCAUCGUCACUAUGGAUGGGCUUAAUGAAUGGAUUGAUCGUUUGAAUAAAUGCGUUAUACCUUUACUUGGACAUUGUUAUAUAAAGUGCGUAUCUAUAAUUACAUCACGGCCAUGGAAAAUGACGGAUGAGCGAAUCAAAGAUUCUGAAAUUAACAGUUUAAUAGAAAUUGAAGGACUAAUUGAUUCAGAAGAAUUAGCAAAGCACAUUAUACACAGUCUUCAGACUGGUAAUGUAAAAACACACACUAAAUUCAUGAAUUACGUAAACGAACGUCAAUUGAGGCAUUUUCUUACGUCACCCUGGCUACUAACUGUGUUAGUCAAUUUGUGGAUGAACGAUAAAGUCUUUACGGAUUCACUGUGUGAAAUAAAUUGUAUUCUAAUAGACAUACUCUUUAAGAAUGCAAAUGGGAAAAUGGGCUAUUUUCAAAAAGGGAAUCGUUUUCAGUGUUUAUACAAUACACGUUUUAUUCAGCAGCAGAUCGAUAUUUUUGAUGCGCUCGCGAAUGCUGCGUUUAAUGUUACCUUUACAUCGAACAAAUCCUUAGUGUUCACCGAGCGGGAAUUAUUGAACUACAUGUCCGAAGAUCAGUUGAAAUUUUGCCUCCAUGCUGGUGUAUUAACGAAAAGAUACAGCUUCAACAUAGAACCAUGGGAGGCACAGUUUUCAUUUAUACACGAGACAAUACAGGAAUUCAUGGCUGCCUAUCAUAUCGCAAAUUCAACGCAAGACCUCUUAACACAUUUCGAAACCGUAUUGAAAUGUAGUGUGCUAGAAAUGAGUCAAACAAUACUUUAUCUGUGUGGACUCGACUGUAACAAAGCUAAUAAACUAAUUUACUUUCUAGUCGACGACGAAUUCCUCGAAGACAUUAGCUUUGGACGUAUAAUAUACAUACAGGGACUUUAUGAUCGGGAACAUUUAGAAACAUUUCAGACUUCCAAUUUCCUAAACAAAAACGUUUUUAAAUCAAAGCAUGAUCUAAAGGAUGACCGUGCACGUUGCGUAGCACUUUCAGUAUUGUUCCAGCGCAUGGUCAUAGCUGGUUGCAUAGAGGCGCAAGCAAGCGGUCAAAAUGACAUGUGCAUACAGUGUAGACACUUUUCAUUUAUUUCAUCUCUAAAUGAAUCGGAAUCAAGCGCUUUGAAAGUACUUCUAAUGUUUAACAAGUCAGUUGUUCAGUCCCUUAUUUUAGAAAGUAAUGUUCUUCAAAUAAGCGAAAUACUGACAGUUCUUAAACAAUCUAAACAUAGUCUACAGAGCAUUAAGACGACGGUAACUCCAGAAAUGAAUAAAGCAUUACAUCAGACGCGCAUGCAGGAGAUGCACUUUACCGGGGAAAUUGAUGAAUUAUCGUCCGGUGUACUUCCAUCAUUGUCUAAAUUAACGACUUUAAAAAUAGAGGACUCGACCAUUUUAGAAGACAUUUUUCUACCUUACACAAUACAAUAUAUUUCUUUAUUUCGGUGUACGUGUACUGCUCUGUUUCUACGACGGUUACUAGCGCAGUUAUCAUCAUUUGAACACGAUGUUGAUUGUGUUUUAGAUGAUGUAAAUGUAACUGAUUGUAAUACGCAACACCCAUUUCAGCCAGACUUAUGUUCAAGGGACAUGAAAAAUAUCAUCCUAAUUUUAACAAAUGGCAAUAUUACCGUAUAUGGGUUAUUGCGUCGAAUAACUAUCAAAAAACUAGGCCUGAGAACGUCAAAUGAUGUCACAUUAGCAUCAGAAAUUCUUCACACGCUUAGCAAUCUAACAAAACUUUAUUUAUGGGGGACCCAUACGAGUCGACGCGAUCUCAAUCUACCUGCUUCACUGCAAUGUAUUAGUCUGCAGAAGGUCGAAUGUUCAUCGGAGUGGUUGUAUGGCUUGUUGAUCACGCUGUCUUUAUUAGAUCAUCCUGUCACGUGUGAGAUGUUGGAUGUUGUUUUGCAGUCAACAGAAAUAUCCAAUGAAGAUGAUUCACAUAUACCUGAAUAUGACUUGCGAUCUAAAUUAUGUUCGAGUGAUAUGUCCAAUAUCAAGAUAUUAGUGUUAAAUGGCAAUACGGGACUUUUUGAAUUACUUCGUGAAACAAGUACAAGUAUUCUAGACCUGAGAACCGCUGAGUGUACCUCAUUAGCAUCAACAAUUCUACACACGCUCAAUAAGCUAACGAAGCUGAAUUUAUGGGGGUCCUAUAUGGGUCGAUGUGAACUCAAUUUGCCGGAUUCAUUACAAUGUAUUAUUCUCCAAAAAGUAGAAUGCUCAUCUGAGUGGUUGUAUGGCUUGUUGAUCACGCUGUCUUCACUAGAUCAUCCUGUCACGUGUAAGAUGUUGAAUGUCGUUGUGCAGUCAACAGAAAUAUCCAAUGAAGAUGAUUCACAUAUACCUGAAUAUGACUUGCGAUCUAAAUUAUGUUCGAGUGAUAUGUCCAAUAUCGCGAUAUUAGUGGUAAAUGGCAAUAUGGGACUUUUUGAAUUACUUCGUGAAACAAGUACAAGGAUUCUAGGCCUGAGAACCGCUGAGUGUGCCUCAUUUGCAUCAUCAAUUCUACACACGCUCAAUAAGCUAACGCAACUGUAUUUAAACGGAACCUAUAUGAGUCGAUGUGAACUCAAUCUACCGGAUUCAUUACAAUUUAUAAGUCUGCAGAAAGUCGAAUGUUCAUCUGAGUGGUUGUAUGGCUUGUUGAUCACGCUGUCUCUAUUAGAUCAUCCUGUCACAUGUGAGAUGUGGGAUGUUGUUUUGCAGUCAACAGAACAAUCCAAUUUGGAUGAGUCACAUAUACCUGUAUCUGACUUGCGAUCUAAAUUAUGUUCUAGUGACAUGUCCAAUAUCAAGAUAUUAGUGGAAAAUGGCAAUAUGGGACUUUUUGAAUUACUUCGUGAAACAAGUACAAGGAUUCUAGACCUGAGAACCGCUGAGUGUGCCUCAUUAGCAUCAGCAAUUCUACACACGUUCAAUAAGCUAACGAAACUGUAUUUAUGCGGAACCUAUAUGGGUCGAUGUGAACUCAAUCUACCGGAUUCAUUACAAUUUAUUAGUCUGCAGAAAGUCGAAUGUUCAUCUGAGUGGUUGUAUGGCUUGUUGAUCACGCUGUCUUUAUUAGAUCAUCCUGUCACGUGUGAGAUGUGGGAUGUUGUUUUGUAGUCAACAGAACAAUCAAAUUUGGAUGAGUCACAUAUACCUGUAUCUGACUUGCGAUCUAAAUUGUAUUCAAAUGACAUGUCCAAUAUCAAGAUAUUAGUGUAAAAUGGCAAUAUGGGACUUUUUGAAUUACUUCGUGAAACAAGUACAAAGAUUCUAGACCUGAGAACCGCUGAGUGUGCCUCAUUUGCAUCAGCAAUUCUACACACGUUCAAUAAGCUAACGAAACUGUAUUUAUGCGGAACCUAUAUGGGUCGAUGUGAACUCAAUCUACCGGAUUCAUUACAAUGUAUUAGUCUGCAGAAAGUCGAAUGUUCAUCGGAGUGGUUGUAUGGCUUGUUGAUAACGCUGUCUUUAUUAAGAUCAUCAUGUCACGUGUGAGAUGUUGGAUGUUGUUUUGCAGUCAACAGAAAUAUCCAAUGAAGAUGAUUCACAUAUACCUGAAUAUGACUUGCGAUCUAAAUUAUGUUCGAGUGAUAUGUCCAAUAUCAAGAUAUUAGUGGUCAAUGGCAAUAUGGGACUUUUUAAAUUACUUCGUUAAACAAGUACAAGUAUUCUAGACCUGAGAACCGCUGAGUGUGCCUCAUUUGCAUCAGCAAUUCUACACACGUUCAAUAAGCUAACGAAACUGUAUUUAUACGGAACCUAUAUGGGUCGAUGUGAACUCAAUCUACCGGAUUAAUUACAAUGUAUUAGUCUGCAGAAAGUCGAAUGUUCAUCGGAGUGGUUGUAUGGCUUGUUGAUCACGCUGACUUUAUUAGAUCAUCCUGUCACGUGUGAGAUGUUGGAUGUUGUUUUGCAGUCAACAGAAAUAUCCAAUGAAGAUGAUUCACAUAUACCUGAAUAUGACUUGCGAUCUGAUUUAUGUUCGAGUGAUAUGUCCAAUAUCAAGAUAUUUGUGGUAAAUGGCAAUAUGGGACUUUUUGAAUUACUUCGUGAAACAAGUACAGGAAUUCUAGACCCGAGAACCGAUGGUUGUGUCUCAUUAGCAUCAACAAUUCUUCACACGCUCAAUAAGCUAAUAAAACUGUAUUUAUGGGGAACCUAUAUGGGUCGAUGUUAACUCAAUCUGCCCGAUUCAUUACAAUGUGUUAGUCUGGAGAAAGUCGAAUGUUCAUCGGAGUGGCUGUAUGGCUUGUUGAUUACGCUGUCUUUAUUAGAUCAUCCUGUCACAUCUGGGAUGUGGGAUGUUGUAUUGCAGUCAACCGAACAAUCCAAUUUGGAUGAGUCACGUCUACCUGUAUCAGACUUGCGAUCUAAAUUAUGUUCAAGUGACAUGUCCAGUAUCAAGAUAUUAGUGGAAAAUGGCAAUAUGGGACUUUUUGAAUUACUUUGUGAAACAAGUACAAGGAUUCUAGACCUGAGAACCGCUGAGUGUGCCUCAUUUGCAUCAGCAAUUCUAAACACGUUCAAUAAGCUAACGAAACUGUAUUUAUGCGGAACCUAUAUGGGUCGAUGUGAACUCAAUCUACCGGAUUCAUUACAAUGUAUAAGUCUACAGAAAGUCAAAUGUUC